ACACAAACACUGAACCCAGUUACCCAGCCUCACCCUGACCCUGAGCUCCCUGGGCUCCCUGGCUGCCUCUUCACUCUCCUCUCUCAAGCUCUCUCGCAUUUUCAGAGCACCGGCGGCGGCAGCGGGAUUCCCUCACACAUUCGCGGCGGCGCUCGUCUCUCCUCUCUCACAGCUCUGCCUCUCUGCGGCGGCAAGUCUCCCCACAUUCGCGGAGGCGCGCUCGUCUCUCCUCUCUCACGGAUCGUCUCUGGUUCUCUCGGUGGCGGCAAGCUCCUCCUCUUGGUAACUGCCACCAUGUGUGGGAUUCUUGCAGUGUUAGGUUGUGUUGACAACUCUCAGGCCAAACGUGCUCGCAUCAUCGAGUUAUCUCGCAGAUUAAAGCAUAGAGGACCUGAUUGGAGUGGAUUGCAUUGCCAUGGAGAUUGUUAUCUUGCUCAUCAAAGGCUUGCUAUUGUUGACCCCACUUCAGGGGAUCAACCACUUUAUAACGAGGACAAGACUGUUGUUGUCACAGUAAAUGGGGAGAUCUAUAACCAUAAGGAACUGAGACAGAAAUUGAGUUCCCACCAGUUUCGAACUGGAAGCGACUGUGAAGUCAUUGCUCAUCUUUACGAAGAGUAUGGAGAAGAAUUUAUUGAUAUGCUGGAUGGGAUGUUCUCCUUUGUGCUUCUUGACACAAGAGAUAAAAGCUUCAUUGCUGCUCGUGAUGCUAUAGGCAUUACCCCUCUUUACUUGGGAUGGGGGCUUGAUGGUUUGUGGCUUCCUCUUGUUUUUGAUAUUUGAGACAUUUUUGAAUGUUUCACCUUGAGCUUAAUGAUGUCCCACAUCUCAAAGGUUGUGUUUGGUUACUAUUCUGAGAUAAAGGAAACAAAUACACCGGGGAUAGAAAUAAAUUUGUAGAAGGGAACAAAGACAAAAACUUGAAAAUCGUCCCUAUACCAGGAUAAAUCUUUAGAUAGUGUCUCUACUUCUAAAAUAGAGAGACACUGAAAACAUGUCUUAGGAAUAUUUUUAAACUAAUUUGUGUAUCUUCUAAAAGAAGGGAUGCUGGAGACGUAUCUCUAUCAUCCUUCGUCUCUUGGUACGAACCAAAUGCUGGUGAGCUAUCUAUCGUCCAAAAAUUAACUUGUUCCUCUUCCAAAAAUUAAAAAACAAGACUCAAUUCUUUGGAAUAUCAAAUUACUCCUAUA